AUGCGGGGCCUAGCCAAUGAGAUCACAGCGGCAGGGAAACCCAUAGAUGAGGAAGAGCUUCUCUCCCACAUCACAUCCGGGCUUGACAUGGAAUACCAGCCCAUCAUCAGCGCCUUGAACGUGCGUCCUGAGCCGACCACGGUCGAUGAGCUCUUCGGCAUGGUAUCCACCUUCGACCAAAGAGUCGAGAUGUUCCAGGGCACAGGCGGCCAAGCCUUCAAAUCUUCGGCCAACGCCGCUUCCCGCGGUUGGGGUGGCCCUUCCAAAGGCUACCGUGGUGGUGGUGGUGGCUCUCGCCACGGUGGGCAUGACGGCGGCGGUGGUGCUGGCCACUACGGCGGUGGUGACGGCGGACACUACUCCAACUCUCACGGUGGUGGCAGUGGCGGCCACUACGGUGAUGGUGGUGGCAACCAUGGUGGUGGCUAUGGUGGCCACUACUCCAACUCCGGAGGCAGCAGAGGACACAACUACAACAACAAUGGUGGUCGCCCCUUCUACAACAACAACAGGGGAGGCCAGAACAACUACAACAACAACUUCAGAGGGUAUGAUGAAUAUGAAGGAAAAUGUCAGAUUUGCAAGAAAACUAAUCAUAUUGCAAAGGAAUGCAAGUGGCGCUAUGCAGACGAUAACUCACAGAAGAAGAGAGUUGCCGCCGUAGCCAACAAGUCAUAUGGAGUAGAUACCAACUAG